CGUCACAGUUACAUACUAACUAACUAAUAUACAUUAGUUACAUACUAACUAACUUGAUCCUAAAACAUAAUCUAAAAAACAAUAUAUAAAAUUAUCAGGGUAAUAAAUGCAAUAACAAGAUUAAUUCGACAAAACCUUUAUCUCUUGUUACCCUUCUCUCUUCGACUUCUACCCGGAUCUCCUCAAGCCCCCCACCCGUCCCAUUCUUCCACCCUUUGCCGCGCCUCCUCAACUUCAUCUCCCACAAAUCUCGGAUCCAAGAUGAGCACGAGCCUCUUAUCGUCCCCAAGCUCUGCAGACUAUGCCCCAUCUACCCCAAGUUAUAUAUAUCCAAUCUGUCUGGCUCGUUUCCAACCAACAGUUCUUCAUCUGCACAGAAUGAAAGGGGGAAUGACACUGAUUCAAGACAUCCUCAGAGUCAGCGUGACCCACCUGCAAACUCUAAUCCCAAGCGUCAGAAGAGGGAAUGAUUGGUUGUUCGCCUCCAUAAAUUCGGCCUUUGGAAAGUCACAGCAUGAAGUGUCUGUUGCAUGGAAAAAUGUUGUUUGCCUCAAUUCUCUUGUCAAAAAAAGUAUAUUAUGUCAGGCUCUAUUGUUCUGUAUUAUAUAUAAAAAUUCUUGCCAGAUUAAUGCAAUUUGUAACUGCUAGGAUGCUAUCGGUAUUUAUUUAUUUUUGUUCUGGUGUCAA